AAAGAAUCUCCAUGCACAGAUCAUAGAGAAGGACGCUAUGAUCAAGGUGCUUCACCAGCGGUCCAGGAAAGAGCCCAUCAAGUCGGAUGCUCCAUCUGCCAUGAGGCCCUCCAAGUCCCUGAUGUCCAUCUCGAACACUGGCUCCAGUGGUUCAGGACUGCUCUCUCACAGCCUGGGACUCAGUAGCUCGCCCAUCACCGAAGAACGCAAAGACACCAGCUGGAAGGGCAGCCUGGGAGUUCUGCUGGGUCCUGAGUUUCGCACAGAGUCUCUCAGGACAGAGUCAAUCUCAUCAUCUCCCUCCCCGGUGCUUCCCUCCACCCCAAUGACCACAGGACACUCAAAGACAGGCAGCAGAGACAGCUGCACACAGACCGACAAGGGCCAGAAUCAAGAUACCAGCAAGCCCAGCACUCCAGCCCUGCAGAGCAUGACGCUGCCCGCCCGCCUGUCCAGCCCCAGCCCCAUCUACAUUCCCGACCGCUUAGCAGAUGUGCCAGUGUUUCACAGCAGCACCUUGGAGCGGAGGCUACCUGUCCAGUCCCACCCGCAGCAACAGGCCCCUCCUCCAGCCCCGCCCACCCAACAGGAAGUGGACAACGACAUGGUGGAGAUCCUCAUCUGACCCCAUGAGCACCCCCAAAAGAAAUCAUCCAAACGUAUAAUUAGCUGGCAGCUCCAUCAGACAAACACAGACCUGUACAUCAUCCCGGCUCAUCCUCCAGACCUGCCUGUCUGUGUUUGACUGACCCACACCAAGAGACAUUUUCUUAUGUUUACAUGUGCAUUCAUUCAGACUCUUCAGCCUGACUGGAGUUUUACACAUUUCUUUCAUUCCUUCACCUGAUUAGUUUAUCAUCAUCUUAGGAAAACCACAAAUUCAGAAGCAAAAAGGAUAAUUGUGAUGCCCCUUUCUGUCUCAUCUCUUUUAAAGUUUUCCUAAAUGAUGAUAUUAAUAUGAAAUAGUGACUGGAACUUGAAAAUGUAAAAAUUCACAGCCUCAUAUUUAUUUAUAUUUAAUCUGAUGCCACUUUGUAAAAUGCCUUUGGCGCGUUCUUGUUCACAGUGGGGGCGACUUAUGUUUGAAGUUUAUUGCAAGUUGACGAGAGAAAAGACAAACCCUAUUUAAAUAACCAAUUCAGUCAAGCUGUGGGUUAUGAAAAUUGACACAGUUAACACUAAUGAGAAGGAAAAAAUGAGUGGGCAAAGCUGAAAGCCAAAAUUGAACAUAGAGAGCAUACUACGCUUCCACAAAUGUAUUUUGAACUUUUCCAUUUAAGGUGAAGGAUUUCUCUUCUCGUUGCCCCCUUGACUCGCUGGGGUAGGGGACUAAGGCUCUGUUUAAAUGCACUACUUUUUGACCUGGGGGGGAUUAGUGUCAUUGUAAUUGUGUCUACAGACUAAUAGUGACCACAUUACUAACUGCAGCACCGAUGGCAUUUCAGCACGUUUGGGAAUGUCUGCAAAGCUUAGCAUGUAGCAUGUUUUCUUUCCAACAUGAUUGAUGAUGAAUGAUGGAAAAUGUGCCCUCGCUAGCUUGUUACUUGUUCUCUGUUAACUUUCCUGUGCGGUGUUGUGGCUGGUUAGCUCCAUUGGACCAAAUGUAUUGGCUACCUUUUCAUGCAUUUAUUGCACUACUUAUUUUUAUUUUUAUUUUUACUACUUUAAGACAUCUGACAUUAGGUAUUGUAUUUAUGUAUAAUUUUAGUUUUUACCGUAGUUAGACAUGGCACUUGGGUAAUUUUGUAAACUACAAAACUUUCUUAACUGUGUAAAAAGGGUAUUUACAUUGUGUAUGUACUGUAAUGGCCUGUGUAACUGUGUGCCAUGGAGGGUUUUACAAAAGUAACAGGCAUUUAAGUAGCCAUGUUUGGUACUGGCACACCAUCACAUGGGUAUAAGUACAUAUAGUGUUGGCAACCUUUUGUGGCAUGUUGACUUCAGGCAUGAAACUGCUCAAUUUGAUGAGCUUUCCUCUUUUGUUAUCCAGUAUGGGCGGGAGUUUGUUACUGUGGCGCCAGCACUAAUCACUACUUUGCAGAGUCUGGCUCUGACUGGUGAAAGACGGCAGUAGCCAUACCCGGAUAUUUUGGCUUCAUUUUUGUACAGUGGGAGGAAGCGGAGACGUGACGUCUUGUCUCAAUUUUUGCCAAAUGUUGGUCAACAUUAGGGCUGGGUAAAAAAAUCGAUUUAAUCGAUUUUGGAUCGAUUUUAUUUAAAUUUUGCAAUAUCGAUUCAUAGGGCACGAGAUCCAUUUUUUCCCCAUGAAGGUUUUUUUUAAAUUUUUUCUCAUGAAGUUAACCCCAAUAGUCUCGUGCAUGAUGACGCAGUAGUGCGUUUACGACAGGUUGACGUUCAAGCGCACAAGCGUGCUUACACAAAAUGACCGACGCAGGUAAAACCCCGCUCAGCAAGCCGUCCCAACUAAAGUCUGACGUCUGGAACCAUUUCGGAUUUAAAACAACAAAGGACAAAGAGCU